UUUUUCUCCCAAGAAUGAAAUUGGGCUUUUUCAUUAUUCAAUAAUGAAAUUCCUCUUAUUAUUGUUAGCAAGUCUGCUUGUGGCUUCUCAGCCAAUUGAGUCCGCUAGCUUUGAAAGUACUUAUAGUUCAAGCUUGGAAUACGCUGCAUUCACUUAUGCACCAAAUCCUUCUCCAACCUAUGCUAAUUCAAAUCAAAAGGCUAACACUACUGCGUACUAUGCUCCUCAUUAUACCGAGCUUAGUCAUUUAGUUGGUGAUUUAUCUUCAACAACUUGGGGUACUUAUAACCCAAAUGAUACUGCUACUGCUACUGAUUCGGAAAAUCCUUAUGGGGACUAUGCUUAUUCUCAACUUUGGUCCCUGGCAAGUCUUCAAAACUAUACUUAUUUUGGUCUUUAUAGUACUACUGUCGAACCUACUGCAGUUCCAACCGAAUCACUUGUUUUGCCCCCUCCUGAUGCUUUCAAAUUUGAUGAUUCUCUUAAAUUCCCUGAAGAUCUUCAUUUUGGGGUUGCUGGUUCAGCUGCUCAAAUCGAAGGUGCAAUUACUUAUGGUAAAGGACCUACUAUUCAAGAUAAGUUGAUUCCUGAUGCAAGACCAAAAGAUUACGUCACUAAUGAAAAUUAUUUCUUAUAUAAACAAGAUAUCGUUCGUUUGGCCGCUAUGGGGGUUAAAACUUAUAGUUUUUCCAUCCCAUGGGCACGUAUAUUACCAUUCACUCUUCCUGGUACUCCAGUCAAUCAAGAAGCUCUUGAUCAUUACGAUGAUUUGAUCAAUACUUGUUUGGAAAACGGUAUUACUCCAAUGGCUACAUUAACCCAUUUUGAUUCUCCUUAUGGUUUUGUUGAAGGCACUAAUUUCACCGCCAAAUCUGCUCUUUUCAAAAACGGUGGUUAUUCUAGCUCUUACAAAAAUGUUUCUUUCGAAGAUGCCUUUGUUCAUUACGGGAAAAUUAUUCUUACUCAUUAUGCUGAUAGGGUUCCCCUUUGGGUUGGGUUCAAUGAACCAUUGUUAUACUCAAAUGAUCCUGCAAGUAUCAAAACAGUGGUAAAAUCUACCGCAAGACUUCAUAAAUUUUAUCAUGAAGAAAUCCAAGGUAAAGGUAAAUUCGGUAUUAAAUUUAACCUUAGUCUUGGUGUUCCUCGCAAUACCUCUAAUCCUGAAGAUGUUGCUGCUGCUGAUCGUUAUAAUGCUUUCUACGUGCAAAGUUUUGGUAACCCAUUAUUCUUGGGUGAAGAUUAUCCACAAGCUUGGAAAGAUACUUUUGCUAAUUAUUCUAACUUCCUUUUCACUGAAGAUGAAUUGAAAGAAGUCAAAGGCGGUUCUGAUUUUGUUGGGGUUGAUCCAUAUACAUAUGGCUCCAUUGUUGCUCCAAAAGAAGGUAUUGAAGCUUGUCAAAAUGAUCCAGACCAUAAAUUAUGGCCUUUCUGUGCAAACGUCACUCAAGUAAGAGAAGAUAAUUGGAAGAUUGGAUACAGAUCUCAAUCUUACGUCUAUAUUACCCCAAAUCAAAUAAGAGAAAAUUUGAAUUAUUUAUGGAAAACUUUCAAAACCCCAGUUGCAGUAACUGAAAUUGGUUUCCCUGAGUGGAGAGAAGGCGAGAAAGAAUUGGGUGACCAAUUAUAUGAUUUGGGAAGAUCAGUCUAUUAUCGUUCUUACUUUGAUGCUAUCUUGAAAGCCAUCCAUGAAGACGGAGUCAAAGUUGACAUCGUCACUAUGUGGUCUUUCGCAGACAAUUGGGAGUUUGGUGAUUACGAACAACAAUUUGGUUUACAAGUUGUUAACAGAACGACCCAAGAAAGAUAUUACAAAAAGAGUUUCUUCGAUUCUAUCAAAUACUACGAAGAAAGAAGUUAGUAUUUUUCACUUUUUAAUUCUUCAUCGUUUUUUUUAUACCCAUAUUUCGGUUUCAACAUUAUUUAGCUACGAUUUAAAUAAAAGUUUGGUAGUCUC